AAAAGUUGUAUUUGCCCCCAGGUCAUCUAUAUAUAGACUAGAAGGGCAAGGGCGGCAAACAAAGGAAACAUGGUGGUCCAAAAUGUUCUUCACAUGAAUGCAGGCAAUGGAGAAACUAGCUAUGCCAAUAACUCAACCCUUCAGAAAACAGCAAUAUUGAUGGCGAGGCCAGUUCUAGAAGACACCCUCAAGAAAGUGUACAACAAUGAUGCCUUCCCAAAACACCUAAAAAUAGCAGAUUUGGGUUGCUCUUCAGGACCAAACACAUUCUUAGUCAUCUCUCAAAUAAUUAACAUCAUUCAUAAUUUGAUGCAACAAAACAAUUGCAAAGCACCAGAGAUUGAAAUAUGUUUAAAUGAUCUUCCCCAAAAUGACUUCAACAACAUUUUCAAAUCGCUCCCAACAUUCUAUAAGAAGAUCAAAACAGAGAAAGAAGAAAAGUUACACGGGACUUGCUUCGUAUCAGGGGUGCCUGGUUCUUUUUAUUGUAGGAUUUUCCCAAGAAAGAGCUUGCACUUUGUUCAUUCGUCUUAUAGUGUUCACUGGCUCUCUCAGGUUCCUGAAAGACUGGAGAACAAGGGAAAUAUAUACAUGGCAAGAACGAGUCCACCGACAGUUUUUGAAGCAUAUUUAAAGCAAUUUCAAAUGGACUUCUCAACAUUUCUAAGUUUGCGCUCUGAGGAAAUUGUAGUUGGCGGGCCUAUGAUUUUAACGUUUCUCGGUAGGAGGAUUGCAGAUCCCACUGACAAAGAUUGUUGCAUCCUCUGGGAAUUGCUCACAAAGUCACUGCUCGACUUGGUGCCUGAGGGACUCGUUCAGAAGGAAGCUAUUGAUUCAUUCAAUUUUCCUUUUUAUUAUCCACACAAGGAUGAAGUAAAAGCAAUAAUUGAAAAGGAGGGGUCGUUCAAUCUUGAAAGGCUGGAAGUUUUCGAGUGCAAUUGGGACGCUAAUGACAACAAUGAUGAUGAACAUUUUGUGUUUGACAAGGAUAGGAGUGGUAAAAAUGUUGCAAAUUUAAUAAGAGCGGUUACUGAACCUUUGGUGGUUAGUCAUUUUGGAGAAUUCAUAGUUGACGAUGUUUUCAAAAAAUUCGCAAACCAUGUUGCUGAUCAUCUAUGCUCAGAGAAAUCCAAGUUCAUCAAUAUCGUCGUUUCAUUGUUGAAGAAGUAAUAAAUUGACAAAGGAAUGACCUCAAAACAAACUAUUCCGAUUUCCUUAGAUUUAAGAAAAUAAACUCGUUUCAUUGUCGAAGAAGUAAUAAAUUGACAAAGGAAUGACAUCAAAACAAACUAUUCCGAUUUCCUUAGAUUUAAGAAAAUAAACUGUUUUAUUUUUUAUGUAGAACUUGCUUGUAGUAUGCAGAUGUAUCUUUUAAAGAACAAGUUGUAUCAGUUCUUGAUAUUAAACUGCUUAUAGUUUGCAUGUA